AUGAUUUUAUUCAUCUUGGUUUUAAUAAUUGCAGUCCUCUGGACUGUAGAUUUUAGGUUUAAAAGAAGAAGAUUGUACACAUUGGCAUCAAAAAUUUCGCGUUCAAAAGAUGAAUUACCAUUUAUUGGCAUAUCGCACAAAUUAGUGGGAAACAGUGAAGAUUUAAUGAAUACCUUUAAGCAAUUCAGCUAUGAAGCAAUGAAAACCAAUGGCGCACUUGGAAUUUGGAUUUCUGACCGUUUUUAUUCAGUAAUGGUGAAUCCCAUGGAUUUGGAGGCUGUGUUAAAAACUUGCCUGGAAAAGGAUGAUCUACAUAGAUUUACGCAAGAUGUUACCGGUAAUGGCAGUAUAUUUGCUCCUGUACCUAUUUGGAGACGUCGUAGAAAAGUUAUAGCAGCAGCUUUAAACUCGAAAGUUGUUGACAGCUUAAUUGAAAUUCGAGCAGAGCAAAGACAAAAACUUGCACAAAAAUUGUCUAGUAUAUGUGGACCUGAACCAGACAACAUUUGGCCUGUUCUAUCAGCUUAUACUUUAGAUUCCUUAUAUGACUUUUGUGAUAAACGGAAAUCUAUCGUUGAGUUAAUGAUUAACAUAUCCAGCGGUAAAAAGGAAUUUACAGAUUUGGAACUUCGUGAGGAGUUCCUUGUUAUAGCUGCAGCAGGGUCUGACACCACUGCGGGUACAAUUGGUUUUACCCUUAUGUUAUUAGGAAAAUAUCCAGACGUCCAGCAAAAAGUUCAUGAAGAGAUGGAAGAAGUUUUUGGAGAUUCUAAACGUCCAUUAGAGAAGGAAGAUUUACCUAACUUAAAGUAUUUAGAGAGAGUUGUGAAAGAGUCUUUAAGGUUGUUCCCGCCAGCGCCGUUUAUACUGCGAAAAGUGGAAACAGAUUUUACAUGUCCUUCAGGCCUGAUUAUUCCUAGUGGUUCAGGCAUAAUAGUUUCGAUUUUUGGAGUUCAUCGCGACCCCAAGUACUGGGGUCCGGACGUAGAACACUUCGACCCCGACCGGUUUUUGCCUGAACGAUUCAACUUGCAGCACGCCUGUAGCUAUAUGCCGUUUAGUAACGGACCACGAAACUGUAUUGGUAAUAGAUAUGGCUUCAUAGCAGUUAUGACGGCACUAACGUCCAUAUUAAGAGAUUUUAAAGUUGUAGGAGAACCAGAAAAGGGGCCUGUUCCUAACAUAAGGCUCAAGUUGGAGGUGACAAUGAAGGCAGUUGAAGGAUUCAAUGUUCAGUUGGAGAAAAGAAUACCUAGGCAUGGGUGACGGAGUAACUAAAACUAAAAUUCUGUAUGGAACAAUGAUUCGACGAAUUUAUAGUAAAUCUUAUAAUUAUGGACAUAAAAUGAAUAGAUACUUAUGUCAUUUAAUAUAGUUAUAAUUCGGCUUUACAAUUUUUGAUACUUUU